UUUAAGGGCAGAGUUGCUGUGUCUGACAUUCUAUUACUAAGCUGUCAGAUUCCAUUUGGUGUUUGUGGAUUUAUGCUGUUUGUUUUGAUAAAGGAUGCAGUUAAUGUUUGUAAUUUAUUUUGUGACUACCAUUAAAUAAAUAAUCAUGGCAGUUGUUAUUGACUUGGAUCUGGUUUGCGUUGUUUGCCUUCAAAAUGAUAGUGCUGACUUGAAAUCUGUAUUCACCGAUGAUGAUACAAUAGUUUCGGAGUCAAACAUGGGCAUUGCCGAAAAAAUAUCAUUUUGUUCGGAGCUAAAUUUGCGAAAUUUAAGCAUUAAAACUUCAAACAAAAUAUGUAAUCACUGCUUGGAUGAUUUAAAUGCCGCUUGGCGCUUUCGUAAAAACUGCGAAACGGCUAAUUCUCUUUUCCGUUCCAUACAAGAAGAGGAGGAUGUUGUGUCUUUGACUAAUUAUGAAUUAGAAUGUCCGAAAGGCAAGCUAUCUACCAAUUUAAAGCUUCGCCGCGAAAUUCCCGCAAUGAAAUCGUAUCUUAGCACUUCGCGAAUAGAUGAACAAUAUGAAGAUAAUGUUAACGAAACCGAUGGAUUCAGCAUAGUCGAAUAUAUUGAUGAGGAAGAUCAAAAGGAUUUUGUUCAAAGUACAGAUUAUUUUGACUCUGUUAGAGAAGGAGAGUUAGAAGAUGUCAAUGAUGCAUUUAAAGACACCGAUAAACAACGCGCCCUAGAGAAAAGAUGUCGAAUACCGUCAAAGUCAAGCUUUACACCGGAUGACAAUGAUAAUUCUCAAACACAUGUAAAGGAAGAAAUACUAGAUGAUGCUAACGAUGAAGAAAAUCCAAUAUUAAUCGGUUAUCAGGAGGAGAGUGAUAACAAAAGUAAUGAACUGAUGUCACCUAUGUUUAGCCCGGAAAGCUUUCCAGGUCAUGAUCGACGAGAUUUAUAUGAAAAAGAGAAUAGUAAAAAUAGUAUUCAUGGAUUCCCGAUAAAAAAAAAAUUUAAUACUAAAAAAAUUACACCUUCUGAAAUUAAACCUUAUAGUGGGGUAAAAUUGCCUUCACGUAAAGGCAAGUCAUUACAUUCAUCAAUGAAGAUAUGCGAGAUAUGCGGAAAUAUUUACAAAUACCAGCACGCAUUAAGCGCCCAUAUGCGCAGGCACAAUAACGACCGCCAAUUUGCCUGUGAACUUUGCGAUAAAGCUUUUGUUUCGAACGUGGAGUUACGUCGUCAUAUGCGGGUUCAUACUGGGCAUAAACCAUAUCCAUGUUCAUUUUGUGAUAGACGGUUUUCAGAUUUUGGGUCACGAAGCAAGCACGAGCGAACCCAUACUGGUGAACGACCAUAUCGUUGCACAACAUGCAAUAAGUCAUUUGCAUAUCCGCAUGUCUUAACCGUGCACUUACGCACACAUACUGGCGAAAAGAAAUUCCAAUGCACUCGCUGUGGCAGAGGAUUCACUAAGAAAGCUUAUCUAUUGGCUCACCUGGAAAAUCAUGCUCGCUGCGAAAAUAUAUCAAUAAUUGGAGAACUGAAUGAUAAUGGGUCAGCGAUGGCUAGGAAAUCAGAGGUCCUAACUACUCACCAACAAGAGAUUACAGCAAUAAAAACAGUAGCUCUGGAAGAAUGCAUAUUCACCACAGAAUUAAUGGACGACAGUGAGCAAAAUAUGUCCAAUCAGAUCCAAGUCAUUGUUGAACAAGACGGCAUCGAUAACUCCGUUAUGGAACUGGAGGAACACUUGGAUGAGGAAAAUGAUGUAGAAUAUAUUUUGGGUGUACGUUCGUAGUACAAUAAAUUUCCGAUAAGUUCAAAAAUUUCGUAAUUUAUAAAUAAAUCCUAUUAAAAAUACAAAAAAGGUGCUCGUAUUUUUGCCAUUUUCAAGAAGUGCGGUAAAUAAUCAUUUUCUUAAUUAAACUGAAAUAAUCAACACGUUCUAAACGAACCAAAAAACUUGUUCGAGGGCAUACAUGUUUUGUAUAUUCUAUUAUAUGUAUAUAAUCAAAUUUUUUCUUCUGGUUUUGCCAAUAAAAAUUAAAGUAAUACAUAAAUAUCGUUAGAAUCGACAGGCCCUAUCUCACACCAACGAUAAAGGGAAAAAAGCCGAAACUCACUAAAGUAAAGAAAGUAUUGCAUAAAACGAAUUGGGGACACAUAAUUUAACGAAAUGCAUCAUAAUCAAUCAAAAACUGAAUUCGGAUUUUUAGUUAGUUAUGGCUUUUUGUAUUUCAGCGGCGUUGUGAGAUAGGGCCUUACUAUAUGCACACACGGCCCAGAAAAUAGAUAAAGAAAAUAAAUGUAUUCUAUCAUUCUUGAUAUGUACAUAUGUAUAUUAGCUUGUAACGUUUAAUAAUAACCACCCUAUUGCUCAUGAUACCCAAGAAGCUUUCCACUUAAAAUAGCAUAACAACUGCCGUGGAAUAAACAAAGUUUAAACCAAAUUCAAACCACAGUCCGGAAAAACUAGCCUUUAAUAGAAUCAAAGUUUAUUGUUCUAAACGAUUUAAAUAUCUCAAAAUGCAAGUAUUAUCUUUCCACCUAGCAACAGAUAUGUAUAUGGAUGUACAUGUGUAUGUAUGUAAACAUACAUAACAUGAUCAAAGAUGAAGGUUUUUCGAUGUAUAAAAUUUAUCUUCCAUUUUGUCAACAUAGUUCAACAUGCAGACGUACUAUGUAUGACCUGGAUGCCAACUUAUUGGAUCAAUUUAUAAUAAAUUGAGAGAAUUUCGAGUUAA